AUGAAAACUAUGCGGAUGGUUGUUGUCGGCUCUAUCGUAGCCGGUGCCUACGCCAUUAGUGCUCCACGCUACCCGAACACCACCAGCGUGGCUACCGCUAACAUCGUAUACACCACCGAAGUUGUUACGGCUCUCACAACUUACUGCCCUGCUCCUACGACCCUCACUCACGGGUCUAAGACGUACACCGUUACCGGGCCUACGACUUUGACCAUCACCGACUGCCCUUGCACCAUUAGCAAGCCCAUCAGACCUAGGGUUAGAUUAGGGUUAGUUACAAAAGGAAAGCUAGCAAACUAA